UGGAAGGUCAUAAAAUUUCAAUUCUAGAAGGUACAGCGGGUGCUGAUCAGAUCUACUACACAAUUGUCAUUGACCCUUUGAAAGUCUUAAGUCACCCAAUGGCCAAGGAAGUUAACCGUCACCCGUAUUGGUGUUUUGCCAGCCGCUAAUUUAUGGGGGGAGAAAUUCGUUGGACCCCUGGGGGUCCAACGAAUGUUGGAGGCUAGGGUCCGACCGGCCCCUCCCCGUUUACGUUAGCUGUUAUGAAAACGCCAAUAGAGGGGCGACGGUUAGCGUUCGAUCUUUGAACCCUGAGACCAAACAGGCGUGAUGUCUGUCCCAUCAAGGGAGACAUUAAUUCUAAGAUAAGGCUUUCUCAGAGGCCCCCAUUACCCCCCGCCGAGGGGCUCCAUUACCCCCAAAGGGGGCAUGCCCCACCAUUUGCCGACCCCUGGGCUAGAAGAUAGCUAUAUAACUUUUGAAUGUUUGUUUUGGAGUGUUGUAUUGGAUAUUUCACCAGUCAUGAGUCAAUAUAAUAUUUGAGGAAGGUACCAACAAAAAUCCCAGUAAGCACUAAUGGCCAUGGGGCAAAGUCUGCAGCUCUGUCAGGCACAAAGGAAACUCCUGCAGCUUCUCAGUCCGCUUUUGCACAAGCCCAGCCUGUUUUGCAAGCAGCUCUGCCUCGGUGCCAGUGUGGCAGCCGCUCGCCGGAACCUGCCCCGCUACCGGUACGAGCUGGAGAAUCGUCUGCUGUUCGGCCGGGUGGUUCGGACUCCAAGCGGCGCGCCCGCUGAGCGGGAGGCUGACCCGCCCGCUGGUGUUACCGUUGUCUCCGAGAGGGGCUUUCCGGAAGGCAGUGUGGGCGUGUCGGUCCGCCCCCGGUCCCGACGCACCUCUGCUUCGGCCACCUCUUCUACCAGCACCGCCUCCCCAAAACCCUCCGCCGCCGCCGUCCCUGAACCAGCUGCCACCUCCUCCACUACCGGUCCCUCCGCCACCUCCAGCGCCACCCCCAGGUCCCGCAGUACGCUCCUGGGCACCUCGAGCGCCGCUGUUCCCCCGGUCAGCUAUAUGUACCCGACCGAAGAGCCGACGGACGCGCACACGGAGAGGCCAGCGACGCCGCUGCCCAGCGUCAGCCGCGUCCUGCAGGCCACAAUGAGUGAGGAGAGUCGCGCGGCACUCCGCCGGUGGGAGGAGGCCAUGAUAGCCCGGCACGGGCCGGACGGAUUCGCUCAGAUCAAAGAAGCCAUGUUCUCUGUGGGCCGGGAGCUGCACGCGGCCAUCCACCGGCACCUGCUGGGCUCCGCUCCCGAGGCGCCCCUCUCGCCGGCCGCUGACGGGUUCUGGCGCAGCGUGCGGCCGGCUCUGCGGCACGUGGACGGAGCCGGUCUGCUGGCCGCCGAGCGGCCGCUCCGGCACACCCAGCUCGGCUACCAGGGCGUGGUCGACUGCGUGGCACCCUUCCGGUCUUGCCCGAUGGUGAUCGAAUGGAAGACUGCCCGCCGGCCCAAGUACAGCGUCCGGGAACUGUACGACAACCCUGUGCAGGCGGCCGCGUACCUGGGCGCCUACAACUACACCCACAGAGACGCCCAGGUGGACCGGGCAGCCGUGGUGGUGGCCUACGAGUCGGGCCGGCCGGCCACCGUCCACGUGCUCUCCCCGGCCGAGUGUCGCCGCCACUGGGCCGCCUGGCUGCAGCGGCUGCUCCAGUACAGGCGAGAGACAGACGUCGUCUAGGGCGCCAUUGGGCCGCCUGGCUGCAGCGGCUGCUCCAGUACAGACGGGAGACAGACGUCGUCUAGGGCGUCUAUUGUGCGAUAAAUUGACGUCGCAUUUAUGUGAGGUGGACACAGACGCGUAUUUACGUUUGCGAAGUACUGUCCUGGUGCUGUGAAGUUCCUUCAAUCGUACGGUGAUGCUUCCCAGAAGAGACGCUGUUGUGGAAUGAGGAUACGGAGCGGUUUGCGCUGUGCUCCUCAGGGGAGUAGGCGAUACUGUGAUAUCGGCCGGUCAUGCCGUUUUGUGGUAGAGCAUGUCCAUUACAUCAUUUUUUUUCGAAUUCAGAGAGUACAAAUAUUGCCAUCA